UGUGGUGGUCUCCACAUAUCCCACUAGAGUGGAAGCUUGUACCACGUUCUCUCUCUACUGUGCUCACACCCACGAGGCUCACGUUUCUGGGCAUUAGGCUGGAGAUCUUUCUUGUUUGACCUUACUAAUUCUUGAUAGAAGAAAGACUAAUGGCACUUUCAAUGAGCUUGGUCUCUGUAGGCCUCAGAUUUGGCUCAAUUCCUAAAACCAGAGUCAAUGUCACUGGAAGGUUUAUAUCCAGAUCUUCAACGGGGCUUCGCAUUCGAGCUGUGCAAGAGAAUGAUGGACCACGCAGACUAGUGGACAUUAUUAGACUCGUGCCUGAGCUCUCAAGGAAUUACUUUAGAAGUCCUUCUCGGAGGGCUUUGUUUGGUGGAAUCUCCUUGUUGGGUGGAUUUUAUGUUGCACAAACAAUCUCUCUGUCUUUUGGAGCUCUAGGAGUCAAUGAUGUUAUUGCUGCAGUGUUGUGUGUUCUUCUUACAGAGUAUGUGACUAAGUUCUAUUACAGUAGGCCAAAAGUCACUUUCCCAGUUGCUCUUCUCAACAACUUUAAAAUGGGUUUCACCUAUGGACUCUUCAUUGAUGCCUUUAAGCUUGCUAGUUGAUCUUUAACAUCCAAAUGCAACUUCUCAAGAUUCAUGUUUACCCGGUCACUUUCCAAAAUUGAUUACCACCAAGCUUGUACAUGUUAGAACUGGUUAACAUCUAAAUGCAACUUCUCAAGAUUCAUGCUUACCUGGUCGGUCUCCAAAAUUGGUUUGCUUGUGUUUAAACACCAAGCUUGUACAUGUUAGAAAUGCCUCUAGAACUAUUUCUAUAGUUCUAUUUCAUGUACAUCAUCCAUAAUUCCUGUAUUCCAUAACGCGUAAAAAUUAUUUUUCCCUUGUAUUCUUAUAUUUCCUUUUCUUGGUAAUUUG